GGCGCGGCCAUGGCGGCUGCGCGGGCGGGUCCUGAGGCGCCCGGCAGCCCCCGCGCCCGCCGCCGCCAUGGCCUUCACGUUCGCCGCCUUCUGCUACAUGUUGGCGCUGCUGCUCACGGCCGCGCUCAUCUUCUUCGCCAUCUGGCAUAUUAUAGCAUUUGAUGAACUGAAGACUGAUUACAAGAACCCCAUAGACCAAUGUAAUACACUCAAUCCUCUUGUACUUCCAGAGUACCUCAUCCAUGCAUUCUUCUGUGUCAUGUUUCUCUGUGCAGCAGAGUGGCUCACACUGGGUCUCAAUAUGCCCUUGUUGGCCUAUCAUAUUUGGAGGUACAUGAGCAGACCCGUGAUGAGCGGCCCGGGGCUCUACGACCCUACGACCAUCAUGAAUGCAGAUAUUUUAGCCUAUUGCCAGAAAGAAGGAUGGUGCAAAUUAGCAUUCUACCUUCUAUCCUUUUUUUACUACCUAUAUGGCAUGAUUUAUGUCCUGGUGAGCUCUUAAGAAGACACUCAGCAAGCUUUGUUCCAGUUAAGUGCAUGCAAAAGCCACAAAAAACCCAUGGAUUCUUUACAACAAGAACCUCUGACCAAGAAUUAAAUCCGGAACCCGACGAUUGCAAUUGCAUUAGAAAACAAUGACUCCCCUGUUUUUAAAAUGUUUCCACAUUUUAUACUUGUGGAAAGACUGUUUUCUUAUAUUUUCCUGGGACGCUGAAAUUAAAGAAUUACGUGUAAAUUAAUAUAAAGGUGACUGGGAUUUGGAAAGUUUUGACUUUGCACUGCAUAAGGAACAGCCAUAACCUUCGAGUAGCUGUUGGUUACUACUAGCCUUAGGACACUAGGGAUUUGCUUUAGGCUGGGCUUUGUAGUGGCUCACUUGGACUUGUGUAUCCCACUCUUAACUCUAAAUCAGCCGUAGCUCCGAGUGCUUGGGAAGGACUGGAAUGCUGUGUUUUGUCCGUAGGUGACGUUGGUCUUAGGAUAUGAAUUCAUGGACACAGUUGCAAAAAUAGUUCUAUUUUGGUUUGGGGUUUGUUUUUUUUUUCUGUCUGGUUAGUCUUUCCCUUUUUGUGCAUGGUCCAGGUCCUCCUGUAUCUCUUCCGGACAUUAGCCCUGCUUUAAUCUCGAGCCUGUGUCAUUGUGGUAGGAGAAGCUGAAUUGUCCACGGAGGAAUGAAUUUAAAUAAUUUUUUUUUUUUUAAAUGUCUGUGCUGUCUGAUUAACAAAUGGAUAAACCUCCAACAUUUACCAAGUCCAGAAAUGAAAACACUCUUGGGUUUAAGAGUAAUAAAUACUCCAGACUUUCUCAAAGCAGAAAGUGAGAUUGUGAAACUGCCCCACUGUUCCUUAGUGCAAUAAAUGACAAUAAAAAACAAAUCUCAAAUUCAGCAACACCUCC